AUGAGCGUGUGGGCUCAAUUCACGAACUACGUUGACGUCUACGGGGACUUGAAUGCGGACCAGUUUUCUGGGGGGUCCCGCCCGUACUUCGGGGACCGGAUCUCCGCCUUUGAUCAGUUGCUGAGUGCUCUCAGUCCUGGCCAAGCAGUCAUCCAAAAGGUGGAUAACCUGCUUUCCUUGCUCAAGUGCGCGGCACAGAUGCGCUUUCCCAUCUACCAGCAGAACUUCUGGCGAAGGCAGAAGAUCAUGGAGAGAUGCUGGAGCGGAAGCGCCGAGCCUUUUCCACCUGACUCGCCAAAGAUGGAUCUUGACACUGUGGCAAGCACCCGGACCAAGGAGCUGACGAAGGCGCUACACAGCGGCGGACUACCGACGGAAGCUCUCACUCGGGGCUACUCCAGAGUCCUACUCCAGGUUGUCCUGCCUGCGGACAUAGCCAACGAUCUGGCGUAUAUCAGCACAGACUGGCAGAACAAAUCUGGCCUUCCCCCUGGCCACGAGCAUGAGGAGUGGGCUGGCGUCAGCUUUCUGGAGGCUUACAGCAAGCUGAAGAACACAGGUGAAGGUGAUGGCUUCACUGCCCGGGUGCUGUUGCGAAGAGCGCCUUUCUACACCUGGGACACAGUCGAGCUUACUGCCUACAGUCAGGUAUUCCUCGACGAAGACUUCAUGGAGUUCGCUGAAAGCAUUCUGAACGACAUCCGUGGCUACGUGCUGGGAACGCCGCAGGCGACCCAUAGCCAUUGGCACUUUUUGGAAAUCCUUGGCGUUGUCGUCCUCUUCCUUGCUGGCCUGGUGGUCUUGUCCAUCUUCCUCAGAUAUAGGCAGCCACGGCCCUCCUCAACAGAAGCGCCAGCAAGGGAUGUGGAGCUACAGCCGGCAGGCUCUCUGUAA